CUUUCAUGCUGUGACAAAAACUUCAUUAUCAAAACAUUAUUGACAUCACCUUUUCAUUAUUAGCAUAAAAUCGACUUAGCGUCAUAAUCAUAAAGGAGGUGAAUGCGAAACAACAGAUAUAUCCUUACGCAAUACUUCACCGGGUUUACGGAGUAUUCUAAGCCUUGUAUUGUAUAUUGAAUAAUUUUUGUAAGAAUUGUGGACUGAAUACGGUCAGUCAAUAGAUGCCAGCAGGGAUCUCGUUUUACAGCUCCAAGUAAACCAGUCAUUAUAAUAAGAUGUAUGCGGGUGGGCGGGGCCUCUUCGAUUUAUACCUGGAACAUGCGCGAUAGAGGUGUAUUUGUUCGGCUUGAGAAUUAAAGGGUUUUAAUGAUAUUCUGUAGAGUGAUAGGAACUGUGCUUGCAUAUUGGGAUGGAUGAACUGUAAACAGAAAAAAAGAAACUUUGUGUGGAUUUUCUGCAAUUUAAGAAGAAAAUAAUGUAAGGACAUUUUAUUUACAGAAAGUCAGCGUUGACGAGAAUUCCCGGAGUGUGGUGUCGAGGUAUCCCGUGGUGUGGGGACCGUUCAGUGUCAGUCAGUGUUUGUCGCACAUCUCCGGGAGACAGGCGGGGAGGACUGAAGAUUAUCACAACUUUACGGAGAUUUGAGACACUGAAUUAUUAUUCUAGAGACAGUCUGCUGUGACACAGGACCUCGCUUCCUCCAAGUUUCCUCGCAAGCUUCACAGGUACUAAUGAAGCGCUAACGAGGACAGCUGUGGUAGAUACAACGCUUACUUAGCGGAUCUUUUCAGUGCUAACUUUGUUAACCGUUCUAUAUAUAUUGUAUUUAUAAAUGUGAGACGUUCAUUUUGAUCUGAGGGUCGUAGAAGGAAUGAUUGAAGCCGUGUGUCUGGUUGUGUUAUGAGAAAAUUUCAAUCUGUCAUCAUGGCAGGACUUGCGUUCACUUUAGGCUUCGUUCUCGGGAUGAUGUUUCAGCUUCCGGUUAUAACUCUUCCUUUGGAAGAACAACACUUUGAAAAAACUGACCCCAAAACUGGCAUUCGUGUUGAAUCUGUAGGCUCGGCGAGAAAACAGCUUUCGCUGGAUAAUCCAUUAAGACUUGUAAAGCCUUCCUCAUAUGGAGUGGUGUAUCCUCAGAACAAUGGUACGAACUACUUACAGGGACAAACGGAUUACAGCGGAUCACGGCAAUCGGACGGAUCCUCUGGCGCUUCACCUGCAAUAGAACCCCUCAUUAGGAAUCGUGAAUCAGCAAAACAACCAGAUGUCCUGGACGGGGUCUUCUGGUCCGAAGCCACGGAGAGAAAAUGUCCGGGCGGAUUUACCGAAAAAGAGCAGGAAGAUUGGAAGAGUAAAAUAAACAAUGUUAAAGUUGUGAAACUAGAAAAUGGAUGUGGUAGGAUGCAAAAUAGGUUAGCAACUUUCAAAGAUGCAUCCCGUGCUUGUGUUAGGUAUAGAAUGAAUACAGACCAAAUACAGGGGGAUAUCUUCUCAUUUUAUCUUAGCAAACUCUUGGGUAUAAAUAACGUUCCCCCUUCGAGUUUACAUUUAGUGAAUACAAUUGAUGACCGAUGGAGGACGGUUACAGGUGAAAUUGCAAACAGUAAAUGGGCAGACGAUAAAGUUGUUAUAUUUACACAAUUUGUAGAGGGACUAAAACCAUCUCAUAUUCCGUUUGAAUUUCGGGAAGAAGAUAGAAAAUUACAUCCUAAACAGGACCUAGCAAACUCAAAAGGUCCUGAAGAUCUCUGUGAUUUAGUGCAAUGGUCAGACCUGUUGAUAUUCGAUUAUCUGACGGCAAAUCUAGAUCGCGUGGUAAAUAACAUGUUUAACCGUCAGUGGAAUCCAAAUAUGAUGAACACCCCGGCCCAUAAUCUGGAGCGGACGUCCAAUGGGCGCCUGGUUUUCCUGGAUAAUGAGUCGGGACUGUUUCAUGGUUAUCGUCUGCUGGACAAAUAUGCUUCUUAUCAUAAAAAGCUCUUGGACGCUCUCUGUGUUUUCAGAAACUCUACCGCGCAUGCCAUAGAGCGCCUCCAUCAUUCCGGAAAUGCGGGCGAGGAACUCAACAAACUGUUUUCCCAAAACGAAGAGCUCUCCAACCAGAUUCCACGUUUCCCACAGAAAAAUGCAAAAAUUCUACAACAAAGGAUAGCGGACGUUUUUGAACAAAUUCAGAUGUGCAAGAAACAUUAUGUGUAAAAAAUGUGAUAUAAAGUCUUUAUUUCUUUACGACAUUCACUUGGAGGUUUCAAACCUUAAAUUAUGUGCAAAUUAAACGCAAUUCUUAACGGAUGCCGUCCGUAAAGCUCAUGCAUACAUUACAGCAUUCUUUUAUUAUGUGUAUCUUGCCAUACAAUCAAGAAAGCCCAUUUUCUGUGCCUUUCAAAAAGGACACCUUAUUUUAAAAAGUGCUAAUCAUGAUAUUUUAUUGCAAUAUUACCAUAUUUUAAAAUGUUCAUGUUUUUCAUCCCCAUAAAACUUUCAUGUUAUGGAUUAUCAUUGUUAAACGUUUCAUCGUUAUGAUAAAGUACAAGAAAGCUUAAAAA